AUGGAAGAGGAAGAAGAAGGAUGGGAUGAGGAAGAGGAAAUGGGAGGAUGUAGGGUUCAAAUCAUUAUGCUUCACCUGCAACUGCAACUGCAAUACCAACUGCAACACGAGCUGCAAGAGAAAAUGGGAGAAUGUAUGGUUCAACAAAACUAUGCUACACCUGAAACUGCAAUUGCAACUGCAAGUUUAACUGCAACUCCAGCUUCAACUGCAAUUCUAACUGCAACUCCAGCUUCAACUGCAAUUCCAACUGCAAGAAGAAAUGGGAGAAUAUAA